UCAGUUUCCACUCAAAAUGGCGGCUGAGCCAACACGGGAGUGGAGCGAUGAGCAGCUCAAAAGUGACGAUUUGCCCAAAAAAGACAUAAUAAAAUUCAUCCAGGACAAUGCGGCCCACUCGUUUCUCAAUGAGCACAAGCUGCUAGGGAACCUAAAGAAUGUGGCCAAAACUGCAAAGAAAGAUCAAUUGAUUAUUGCUUACAAUCAGCUUUUUGAGAGUAAAAGGUUUAAAGGCACAGAACCUGUGGAAGAGGUGACAGAGCAGGUCAAAGCUGUGAAAAUUGAAGAGAAACCCAAAGAAGUCAAGGCAGAAGUUGUGGAUGAGGGUCCUCCAAAGUACACCAAGUCAGUGCUGAAGAAAGGUGACAAGACCAACUUCCCAAAGAAGGGUGACACUGUAAGCUGCUGGUACACUGGCACCCUAGAGGAUGGGACCGUUUUUGAUACAAAUAUACCCGCAGCAGCAAGAAAGAAAAAGCAAGCGAAACCUCUGAGCUUCAAAGUUGGCUUGGGAAGAGUUAUCCGAGGAUGGGAUGAGGCCCUUAUGACCAUGAGCAAAGGUGAAACAGCAAGGCUGGAAAUUGACCCAGAAUGGGCAUACGGAAAGAAGGGUGUUCCUGAGUCCAAAAUUCCACCCAAUGCAAAGCUGAUCUUUGAAGUUGAACUGGUAUCUGUGGAUUAACUGAUACUUGGCCUGCAUGCAUUACAAAUACAAAAGGUCAUGUUUGGUUGGAAGUUUGAGGUUGACAGGGCUCUUGGCUUGCACUAUAUCCAGCCCCCACGUCUGCAUUGCCUUUAUUCACAUUACUUAUGAGCAGACAUGGAUAUUAGUCAUUUAAAAUGUUUUGCCCAAAAUGGGAUGGCUUGUCAAUAAUGUACAUACAAGACCAUAAAACAUGUUCUGUUCUUUUGCAUGUACAAUGUAAAAUAAACCAGUUUCUCUGUUCAUACCAAGGAA